AACACAGCGCGAGCACGCGGGUGCACAGAUGCAGAAUCAAUAACAUUUGUUUUUAGCCUAAGUUAGUUAUUUAUAAAAGUUUCCCUACUUUCUCAACAACAAAAAUGUGCAGUCUUUUAGGGCAAAGAAUUUUCAAACACUCCCGAACCCCAAAGUAUAUUUUACCAUCCACGAUUUUUCCUAUUCAGAAGUAUUUUGUUUCUAAUGUAACUGCCCUUGAAGAUGCAUAUGAAAAUGCAAAAGCAUACUGCAAAGGGAAAAAACCUCCCCCUGAUGUUGAAGUUGAUGGGAUCUUUGCCACAAAUGAAUUAGACCUGAAAAAUGUUUCUGUGUAUGGGUUUGAUUACGAUUACACUCUAGCAUGUUAUAAAGAAUCAGUUGAUCACCUCAUCUAUAAUCUUGGUCGUGAAACUCUAGUCCGGAAGCUGAAAUAUCCUUCUGAAAUCCUCAAGCUAAACUACCAGCCAGGUUUUGCUGUGAGAGGUCUUCAUUUUGAUAUUGGAAAAGGAUUGCUUCUAAAAGUUGACUCCUUCCAUCAAAUUCAGUUGGGAUGUGUUUAUAGGGGACUUACUCCACUUUCUGAUGAAGAAGUUUUAAAUUUAUAUGGGCAGCAUUACAUUCCAGCUGACUACCUAGAAUCAUAUGUUCAUAAUGGAUCCCAGCAGGGUUCUUCAAAGAUGGCCCAGUUAGCUGAUUUGUUUUCAGUGCCUGAAAUGUCCUUAUUGUGCAAUGCUACAGAAUAUUUUGUCAACAACCACAUAGACUACCAUCCUGAUAUCCUCUUUAGGGAUGUUAAAAAUGCAGUGCAAAGCAUCCAUCCAGUUAUGCAUCAAAUUGUGCAAAACAAACCAGAGGAUUAUCUUGAGAAAGAUCCUCAGUUGGAAGUGUUUUUUAAUAGACUAAUUAACGCCGGGAAAAAACUCUUCUUGGUUACAAAUAGCCCUUUCAACUUUGUAAAUAAGGGAAUGCAGUACCUGAUUGGCAAGCAUUGGCGAGAUAUUUUUGAUGUCGUUAUAGUGCAAGCACGAAAGCCAAAAUUUUUUACAGAUAAAAACCGCCCGUUUCGAAUUUACGACCUCAACCACCAAAAUCAUGUAUGGGAUAAAGUACGCAAGUUAGAAAAAGGACAAGUCUACACCGAGGGUACCGUCAGUCAACUUCAAGAUAUGACCGGAUGGAAGGGCGGAUCGGUGCUCUAUUUUGGAGAUCAUCCCUACACUGAUUUAGCAGAUGCUUCCUUGAUGCAUGGUUGGAGAACUGGUGCCAUUAUUAAAGAACUCACUUCAGAAAUUCAAACGCUCAACACGUCCCAAUUCAAAUGGCACGUUAAUUGGCUUCAAGUUCUCCAACAGUUGAUCGAACAAUUUCAGGAGUCCGAGGGUGAACAUUCACGAAAACUUAUUAAAGAAUGGAUUGCUGAGCGUGACCAACUCAGGAAAGAUACAAAACAUGUGUUCAACGAACAGUUUGGUAGCUUGUUUAGAACAUACCACAACCCCACUUAUUUCUCACGGCGUCUUUUCCGCUUUGCUGACGUUUACACGUCAAAUGUGACUAAUUUCUUGCGCUUCUCUCCUAAACACACAUUUUACGCUCGACGAGGCGCUCUGCCGCACGAAUAUCGUUCUUGGUUCGUCUGAGGACAAAAUUGAAGCUCUCUUUUGACUGACAGAACAAGGUCUUGUUCCGCACUCACAUAAUGAUGCUGACAUGUUUGUUGCUAUUCCCUCUCUGUGGCCUUGAGGGAAGAAUUAUUGUUCGCUCUCCGAAGGCUCCUUAAUGUAAAACUUCCAUUUUUUUUUUUUAAUUUUUUAGUCAAAGCAUAUUCUGUGUUGUGAUUGCAGCUCGACGCAGGGUUUCCACUUCUAAUGUGUGUUGAUGGUUUCUUGGUACUGAUGAUACAA